CAGUUUCUUUCUUUAAAAGAGCAAAGGAUUAUUUUUUAUUACAAUAUAAAGCAUUACAUAUACUGCACUCAAAUAAAUGUAUUUUAAAUUUAUAAACUAUGCUCGAUGUUAGUGCAUCUUGUCGUACAUGUAUUAAAAAUAAUGUUACUUUAUUUAAUCUUCAUGAACCUACUCAAUUAGAAGAAAACUAUUGUAAGAUACCAUUGGCUGACCUAUUGUUGGAUUGUUUAUCAAUACAAAUUUCAGAUGAUGAUGGUCUUCCUCAAAAAAUCUGUAGCGAUUGCGCUAAAGCACUGCACUUCAUUUAUAAUUUUCGGAAACAAGCCUUUGAUGCGGAAAAAGGUUACAAAACAUUGCUGGCCGAUUUAAAUAAACAAGAGCUUUAUGAUGAAGAGUCUAUAAAAGUAGAAUUUGAAGUUAAAUCUGAAAUUGUUGACCAGUUCGAGGCUUUUGAUGAAUUUGUAUCAGAGGAGACUGAUCCAAGUAAUGAGAUAGCCGAACAAAUUGAGAAAGUGUUUGAGUGUAAUACCUGCCACAAACAAUAUACUAAGGAAAAGAAAUUUCUUAAGCAUUUGAUGGUGCAUGAUGUACCACCAUUGUUAUGUUCAUUUUGUGGCAAAUCUUUUCACAAACAAGCAUCCUUGGAUAGACACAUUUCAAAACAGUGCAAAAAUUUAAAUAAAUGUAAUAUAUGCUCAAAAGAUUUUGCCACAGAACCCCUCCUUUUAGAACACAUGAAAAUACAUUCAAAUGUUGAAAUUAAGACUGAAAUAGAAAUAAGAGAUGAGACCAAACAGUUCAGAUGUACUGAUUGUGAUAUGGUGUUUAGUAAAAUUAGGUCCCUCGCUAUGCAUAAGAAGAAACACAAAAACAAGCCUAACGAUUACAUAUAUCAAUGUGAUAUUUGUAUGAAAGAAUUUAAAAUGAAAUCCCUCCUUAAAAGGCAUAUAGGUAUACAUAGCUCAGAUAAACAAUACUCAUGCCAAAAAUGCCCUAAACAAUAUUCAAGAAGGGAUCAGUUUUGUGAGCACUUAAAAAGGCAUGAUCAUGGCAAGGGAAAUGUUUGUUCUUAUUGUAAUAAAGCAUUCACACAGCUGUGCAGUUUAAAGGACCACCUGAGGACGCAUACCGGCGAGACCCCGUUCCUUUGUUCGGAAUGCGGCAAGGGCUUCAACAACAGCUCUAAUUUGCGUCAGCAUAUGAUGCGCCACACUGGAGUCAAACCGUUUGCUUGCUCAGUAUGUCCUAAAACCUUCUGUACAAAAGGUCAAAUGACAUGUCAUAUGACCACCCACACCGGUAUCCACCCGUACAAGUGCGAACAGUGCGGUGCUUCGUUCACCAAACCGAGCUCGUUGAAGAAGCACAACUUGAUACAUUCCGGCUUGAGACCGUUCGUAUGCGACACAUGUAACAUGCGGUUCACGUGUAAGGAUCACCUGAACCGGCACUGUCGCAUCCACACCGGCGAGAAGCCCUACAAGUGCAAGUACUGCGAGCGCGCCUUCUCGCAGAGCAACGAUCUCGUCAAACACACCAGGCAACACGUCGGACAGAACACAUACCAGUGUUCUUUGUGCUGCUUGAGAUUCCGUCUUAAAAGUGAACUGAAUCAACACUACCCAAUCCACUACGUGAACGGGGAAGAACCUCCCGUAGUGCCUAUAGACAAAGAACAUAGUGCUCCCAUACUGAUGUUGAAACCUGACCAUACAGCCAAGGAUAACGCAGCGUUGGCGCUGGACCCGCCUGAAGGCAUCAUUGAGAAGGAGUUUCACAAAGACAAUGUCGAUAGAACUAUCACAAUUACGAUAAGUAGAAACGGAUUAGAUAAAAAUGGUUUAGCUGGCGAUAUUACAAUUAACAUUAACCCAGAGAAAAGUUAAUGAAUAUUCUAUAACCAAAUUUGUAUCUUUAAAACUGUCGUUGCCGUUAAUCAUGGGACUGAUGGGGGGGGGGUAGUGAACUGUCACGUUUGUUUUGUUGAAUGUUCGGUCCGGUGUCUAUAUUUAAUCGUU